CGUAUCAAGAAUUGCAAACUGACGAAGAACAUCAGUAGGCCGAGGUUCGGCCGACGUCUCCGGAAGGCGCAUUCUGCCUUCUUGGAUAUAUUUGUUUGUCUACUUAAUUCGUAGUUGCUUUCAAAAUUUUACGUUUACUACUCAGUUUCUUUAUCUUUAUUUUUUUCCUUCUUUUUUGGUCGCUUACUGGCUUAUUUAUCGAAUGGUGAGAUAUGGCGCUCUUCGGAAUGUUUGCAUCGUUGGAAAUGGUCGCAUUUCUGAUAUUUAUAACAUUGACCCCCGUAUUAAUGCAAGAAGCUUAUAACUUGGAUUCGCCUUCGUUACUUAACUGUACGACGAGUGCUAAUUUCAUCAUUUUUCAUCCAACGAAUUCCAGUCGAUUAGAAGAACGCAAUAUUUUGCAUCACAGGGACUUUAAUAGUAAUCAACAUUUUAACAAAUAUUUUGAUGAUGAAUCUGUUAAUAUAUAUCCUAAUAAUCGACCAGCAAAAACAUCCACGGACAACAAAUAUAAGAAUAAAUAUUUUGAUGAUUCAGAAAUUAACAGGCACAAUGAUGACCAAGACUUUAGAGAUUUACGUGAACAAGUUUUUGGACUUCAUGGAUUAGAUGUGCAUAUUGACGAGCAGUCCCAGAACAACGAUUUGGAAGAACAUCUCAAAGUUCAACCAUUAAAAAAUUAUCGUAACGAUGAAAACUCGAGUAAAGAUAUUGAAGAAGAUGAAGUAUUAAAUAAAAAAUCGUAUGAAAAGCAACGUUCGCCCAAUAAAGAGCUAAAUAAAGAAAUUAAUAAACAACCUUUGGAUCAUACUUUUUAUAAUAAGUAUAUUAAUAGAUAUCCUGGAAAUCGAUAUCAAAAUAUAAAACAACAAUCCGUAAAUACUCAACCGCAUGAUCAAUAUUUACAUAGAAAUCCUGAUGAAGAGACUUUACAAACUGUCAAAGCAACGUAUCUAGAUACGUUUAUUAAAGAUCAAACAAAUAAAAUAAAAUAUGUCGAUGAUGUAGAUACGACUAGAAAUUUUAACGAAUAUAAUUUAAAAACGCAUAAAUAUUCUGAUGAAAAUAUUGGUUUCGCCGAUGGAAAUAUCCAAAAUCAGGCAGUUAACGAGCAAAAUAAUAAGCAUCGCGAGAGCUUACAUAUGUCCGAUACACCUUUGGAUAAUCAAAAUUUUGCAAGGCACCUCGUUAACCAAAAUCCAAAUACACACUUUAACGAAAAGUAUAAUAAUAAGCAAACGUAUAAACAAUUCGAUAAAACUCCGGACAAUCAAUACUACGAUGAACGUUUUAUUGAGCAAAAUCUGGAGAAGCCUUUUAGUGAUCAGCACACUAAUAGAUAUUUGAAUGAAAGAAAUUUCGAAAGACAUUCGGUUGGACAAUAUAUCGAGGGGAUUCUUGAUGCUAAUGUGCACUCCGAUAGAAGGCUAAGCGAUGAAAAUUAUGAUAGGCGUGUUGUCAAUAAAAAUGUUGAUGAAUACAAGGAACCGUAUUCCGAUGACAAGUUGAACAAAUUGCAUUCUGACGAACAUCUUGACGCGAGAAAGAUUCUUUAUGAUGAGACAACGACGGAACGACGAAAGGAAUCAAAUGCCUCGCACCUGAUGACACUUACAUUCGCGAAAGACUGGGAAGAAAAUACACCGAAACUUAAUUUUCCGAAAAAACUUGGCCAUGAGAAAUAUAGAAUGACGACGUUGCACCUUGAUCAAGGACUGUUUAUUUUCGAUUUCUUAAGGAGCUUUUUAAGAUUCAUUCAACCUCGUAACAUUCCUUUGGAUCUUUUAAAAGAGACUUUGGAAGGCCAAGUGAAUAUAUCGACGUUGCUUGCGCAGUCGAUGCAUGUAGAAAUGGCAUUCGUUGCUGUGAUGUCAAUUUUUAUUGUAUUGAUGUUCAUCGUUCCCGGUAUUGAACUGUGGCUUUGUUGCCGAACGAACAAGUACAAUUACCAACGGCAGCCACAACGUGGAAGCAAGCUAUUAUUCUUAUCCAUUUUCGCAAUUAUUCUGGGUAUGUGCGUAAUGACGAUGCUGGUAUGUAACGAGGAGGUGACCGGAGGCGUUGCCAGGAUUCCUGAUACCGUCGAAGCUGCUCUAGAGGACCUAAAAAAUUAUCAUUCCAGCACAGCUGUACAAUUGCGUAAAUUUGUGACGCGGAGUCUCGAUGUGGCAAGCGAGGCUAUCCUUGCCGAUUUGGAUAAUGUAGAGGAGCUAUUGGGUAAACCAGUGCAGGACCUACUAUCCUCGGAGAUCGGAGCGGAUGUUGCUUUAGAUAUGUUGAUGGGCGUUGAAAACGCCUCUCAGGAACUUGCCUACAAGACGGACAGCGUACUACUGCGGGCGGAACGGGCCCGUGAAUUUGGCAGCGAACUGAGUCAAGAAGCCAACGAGAUGAGGCGCGAACUCGAGAGGACGAGCAGGGACUGCGCCCCGGAGGAUCGCUCGCUCUGCGCAGUCCUUGACCCUUCGGGAUUGCACCUGGCGCUCAGGCUCGAUAGGAUAGCUCGUGAUGAUCGACUACUUAGACUGAGAUCAGCUGGGCGAGACAAUUUGACGGAAUCAGUACGACAAGCUCGUGGCGAAUACCUUUAUAUUCCACAACAUGUCUCCAGAACAACAUUGGAAGCGCGAAAUCUGAUUCGUCGAGAAAUAAACACAGCACGAGCGAAAGUAUCCGAUGACACUCGAAUCAUUGAGGUAAGCGACUCGGACAUAUCGAAUCAAUUGGAGAAAGCAGAAAAGCUCAGUAGGCAAAUUGUUCCAUAUAUACGUGACUUCGAGAAUAGGAGAUGGAUCGUUGGAUUUGGUAUAACCAUGUGUGUACUGUUCAUCUGGUUGUUGCUGUUGGGCGCAUUAUGCUGUCGAUGCGGAUCUUCGGAGAAUAAAAUGCGAUCGACACUUUUAUGGUUCGUAGUUUUGAGCUGCUUUAUCUCCAUUGCACUCUGGCUUACACUUAUGGCGAGUCUGGCGAUUGCGUCUCAUGCAGAAAUGAUAUUGUGUCGACCUCUUGACGAUCCGGAGUUUAGAACCAUAGAGGCUAUUCUCGAAACGAAAAUGUUCCUUGGCAGGCGACUUAAUAUACCCUUAAAGGAUCUUCUUCAAAAAUGCGAGGAAAGUGACUCUUCUUAUCCGGCCAUCCAACUGGACAAUACAGAAAAGCUCGAGCAGUUAACGGCCCAUUGGACUUGGUCGGGACUUUCGCGGGCAACUGCCAAGCUUAAGGUAGAUUUGAGCGGCUUAAGAAUUCUGUCACCGAAUCUGCGCGACUCCUUGCAGAAUCUACUAUAUGCCAGUGGACCUAAUCUUACGGAGCAUCGAAUAAUGAUACAAGGACCUAUUCUUAACAAGGACCUGAACGCCUUGUCGGACCAGGUGGAGAACGUCGCGCGCCAAAUGACCGAUCGACGCACGGCCCGGAACUUCCAGACGCUCGCCGUGCGAAUGCGCGACCUUCUGUCGCGGCGCGUCAAGCCGCUGAUGAAGAUGCAGGACGAGCUGGUGUACCAACUUGCAAGUCUGGAGUUGCAAAUGCAGCCGUUGCAACGCCAAGUCAAUCAGUCGCUGGCGCAUCUACACAGCAUCCAGUAUUACAUUGACAAUCAGGGGGAGAAAAUAGGACAACUCAAAGCAAAGGCGUACGUCGAUAGAUUAAACAGCUUUCUGGAACAGUGGCGAACUCACGUACUUACGGAGAUGAGCUCUGAAGUAUCAAAGUGUCGACCUCUGUGGGAUAUUCUCCGAGGCAUAAAACUACUCUUCUGCAGUCAUAUUUUAGGCCCUUUGAAUGGAUUGUGGUUCGCUAUUCUGAUUUGCGUUUUAAUGAUGCUAAUAAGUACUCCAACGGCUCAUAACCUUGCAUCUAGCUAUUCGUCCCAACGUUCUUGCAAAGGAUCGGUACUUUUGACACCCAGGCAAGGAAGUCCAGAUACCGUUUUGAUGGAGCGAGAAACGUGGAGAACGCCACAGUAA